AACUUGUUCAUAGAGCAGCGCAGCAGAGCCAGUGAAAGAAACGCCUUUAUUUUUUUGCUUUUCUCUUUGGCUGUGGGUGUGUCUUCUCCAGGAAAAUUUCUUUCUCCGGCGAGAAGAGAUUUUCCAGGGGGAGGAAAAAACAGAGCUCGGUGGUUACUUUUAGUUUCUGUUGAGAAAGAAGUGAUUACUAUUAUCUUCUCUGAUGGCAGUUGCACCGGCAAGAGCUCGUUCGGACUAUGAUUACCUCAUAAAGCUCCUCCUCAUCGGCGAUAGCGGUGUGGGGAAAAGUUGCUUGUUACUGCGUUUCUCUGAUGAUACUUUUACCACCAGUUUCAUUACUACCAUUGGAAUCGACUUCAAGAUAAGGACAGUCGAACUUGAUGGCAAGCGUAUCAAAUUGCAGAUAUGGGACACUGCUGGACAAGAACGUUUUAGAACUAUAACCACAGCAUAUUACAGAGGAGCUAUGGGUAUAUUACUCGUCUAUGAUGUAACAGAUGAGUCAUCCUUCAACAACAUUAGGAACUGGAUGAAGAACAUUGAGCAGCAUGCGUCCGAUAGUGUCAACAAAAUAUUGGUUGGUAACAAAGCCGACAUGGACGAAAGCAAAAGGGCUGUCCCAACAUCAAAGGGACAAGCUCUGGCUGAUGAGUAUGGAAUCAAAUUCUUUGAGACGAGUGCAAAAACAAACC